AUGGAGCCGCUAUCCAUCGACUCCGUGGUCGUCGACCAUGGCGAAGUGAACCCCUCGCCGGGAACUCCUCCUUCGGACGCCAUCAUGAUCGAGCAGCCAAAGAUGAAGGGCAGGCAGCGUCUGUUCAUGGGCCUACAACGCAUGGCGUCUUCCAAUAGCCUGGCACACAUGGGCAGACCUCGUUCACACAGUCUGAGAAGCGGCGGAAAGGCAUCCAUGUCUUGCGUCUCCCUCGCAUCGCCUGGCUCGCCGUAUGGAAACUCGUUCGGCAGUUCCUAUUCGUCAGAACUGUCGAAUGGUUACUCUACGGCACCAACAUCAGUAGCCAACAGCCCGCCCGGCACUCCUUUCUGGGAUGAGAGGACCCGCCUACGCAUGAAGACACCAGACGUUCCAUCCUCAGUACCUCUCCCUUCGGCACGACGACCCUUCACCCGGGAUGGCACCGAGGCCGAGAGCGACUACUUCUCGCGGCCUGUACGCAAGGUCCAGAGACGAGUCAACUUCAACUUUUGGGGCGACAUGCCCACCGAGAUUCGCAUGCAGAUUCUUAGAUAUCUCGAACCCAAGGAAAUUGUGCGAUGUUCGCGCGUCUCCAAAUCGUGGCAUACCAUGUGCUUCGACGGUCAGCUGUGGAGCGAUCUCGAUACGAGCAACUUUUACCGCGACAUCUCAGCCAACGCUCUGGUCAAUAUCAUCACAUCGGCGGGUCCGUUUGUCAAGGAUUUGAACUUGAGAGGCUGCGUACAACUGAGGGAACACUGGGGCAAGGACGGCUUCAUUGAGUCUUGCCAGAACCUGGAGAACUUUUCGUUACAGGGAUGCCGGAUUGACCGGACGUCUAUCCACUGCUUCCUACUUCAAAACAGCCGCCUCGUUCACGUCAAUCUCUCGGGUCUCGCAGGCGCAACAAAUGCAGCGAUGAAGAUCCUGGCCGCACACUGCCCAAGAGUCGAAGUCUUGAACAUCUCAUGGUGUAACAACAUCGACAACCGUGGGCUGAAAAAGGUUGUCGAGGGUUGUAAAAAGUUGCGAGACAUCAGAGCUGGUGAAGUACGAGGCUGGGACGACGUCGACCUGAUGGUGGAGUUGUUCAAGCGAAACACUCUAGAAAGGCUCGACCUCAAGAACUGCGACAGUCUCAAUGAUGAAGCGCUGGCUGCUUUGAUCGAGGGCGUAGACGAAGAGGUCGACGUCCUUACCGAUCGGCCAAUCGUCCCACCCAGAAAUCUCAAGCACUUGAACCUUACUCGUUGCCGCAGUAUCACCGAUACCGGCCUGAAGACGUUAGUACACAACGUCCCAUAUCUCGAAGGCCUCCAAGUCUCGAAAUGCGGCGGACUCACCGAUGAUGCGUUAAUGAGCUUACUGCCUACUGUGCCAGUUCUUACGCAUCUAGAUGUUGAAGAGAUCGACGGAUUGACCAACGAAGUCCUGAAGACACUCGCUGAAGCUCCAUGCGCCCCUCAUCUGCGACACCUCUGCAUCUCCUACUGCGAAAAUCUAGGGGAUGCGGGCAUGCUCCCCAUACUGAAAGCCUGCACCCGUCUCGCAUCACUUGACAUGGAUAACACACGCAUCUCCGACCUCGUCCUCGCAGAAGCCGCAUCAGGCCUCCGCAACCGCAACCGCGCCGCUCGUGGCUUAACCAACUCAGAGCGCCCAGAGGUUGGUCUUCGCAUCGAAGCAUAUGACUGCGCAAAUGUAACAUGGACCGGUGUUCGCGAAGUCCUAUCUCGAAAUGCAGAGAUCACACGUCCUUCUUCGCGCUCUGCGAGCAAAGUCGCGACGUAUCCACGUGAGAUUAUCAAGCUCAAGUGCUUCCAUAACUGGCAACCUACGGUGGAGGAACAUACCAAGCGUGUCUUGAGGGGUGAUUUCGCAGCCGCCGCGCGUUUGGAACGCAAGUGGGCCGAUUGGAUGAUGCUAAAUGAGGAAGCAGGUGUUGGUGGUGCUGGAGCCAGGCGGCGGAGAAGAAGAGCGAGGGAAGCGCAGAUGAUGCAUGCGGAUGAGGAGGAAGGCGGUGCUGGUGCUACUGGCGGUGUCGGCCGCCGCCGCCGUGCGCGAAGUGGUCCAGGUGGCUGCACUGUGAUGUGA